AUGUCGCCUUACAGGGACUCCUUUGCCCAUGCGACCGACUGGAAGGCCUCUGCGGCGGAAUGCGCCAAUGCCCGGAGGAGCACCCUUUCAGCCACUAUCACUAUGGACGGUGCUGUUGUGUAUAUGUUGCUGGGCAACCUUUGCGCGCUACAAGAGACACGCGACAUCUUCUACCAUGGCUAUGACAACUACAUGGAACAUGCCUUUCCCGAAGAUGAACUACGACCACUCACGUGCGGACCCCUUACCCGCGACCGCCAGAACCCCGCCCACAUCGAAGUCAACGAUGUCCUCGGAAACUACUCCUUGACCCUGAUUGACAGCUUAUCGACGCUCGCUAUCCUCGCUUCAUCCCCACCACCUUCCGAGGCAGGAACGAACCGUGCCCUAGAAGAAUUCCAGGACGGUGUCCAGCUGUUGGUCCAAUAUUAUGGAGAUGGCACACCAGGUCGCAAAGGUCGGGGAGUAAGAGCCAGGGGCUUCAACCUAGACAGCAAGGUACAGGUCUUUGAGACGGUUAUCCGGGGUGUUGGCGGGCUGCUGAGCGCACAUCAGUUUGCCGUUGGAGAUCUACCCAUUCGAGGAUACGAUGCAAACGUCACCAAGAAAAAACACCGACAAGGUAUUUUUUGGCCAAAUGGUUUGGUCUAUGACGGACAGCUGCUACGCCUGGCUACAGAUCUGGCAGAUCGACUGUUGCCGGCUUUCAACACCCCGACCGGUCUACCAUACCCCCGGGUCAAUUUGCGCCAUGGUGUGCCCUUCUAUGCCAAAUCUCCGAACAAUAUGGAUCCAGAACAUGGCCAAUGUGGGAGGGAUCCGCAAGACAAAGGGACCGAAGUCACUGAGACGUGCAGCGCUGGGGCCGGAAGUCUUGUCCUUGAAUUUUCCGUUCUGAGCCGCUUGACUGGCAAGCCUCUGUAUGAGAGAUUGGCCAAAAAGGCUUUUUGGGCUGUGUGGCAACGCAGAAGCAGCAUUGGACUUAUCGGUGCCGGUAUCGACGCUGAGACCGGACAGUGGGUCAAUGCCUAUACUGGUAUCGGAGCGGGCAUCGACAGUUUCUUUGAAUACGCUCUCAAGUCGCAUAUUUUACUUUCUGGACUUCCAUUCGACCCAGCCAACGCAGCUACUGAUUCCCCUGAUGCAUUCUUGGCUGCCUGGCUUGAUGCGCACGAUGGCAUUAAGCGACAAAUUUACCGAGGGAAACAACACCAGCACCCUCACUAUGCCCAGGUUGAUCUUUAUACGGGCGCUAUUCGAGCUUUCUGGAUAGACAGUCUCAGUGCUUUUUACCAAGGUCUCCUGACCAUGGCUGGCAAACUAGAUGAGGCUAUCGAAACACAUUUACUCUACACAGCUCUUUGGACUCGCUAUUCGGCCAUGCCCGAAAGAUGGUCUACUGCAACUGGCGGUAUCGAGCAUGGUUUACGCUGGUGGGGUGGCCGACCGGAAUGGAUUGAGUCGACUUGGUAUCUUUACCAGGCCACAAAAGACCCUUGGUACCUCCAUGUAGGAGAGAUGGCGCUUCGUGACAUCAAGAGACGUUGUUGGACAAAGUGUGGAUGGGCGGGCCUGCAGGAUGUGCGCACUGGCGAACUGAAUGAUCGCAUGGAGAGUUUCUUUCUUGGUGAAACGGCUAAGUACCUAUUCCUACUGUUCGACCCGUCGCAUCCGCUCAAUACCUGGGAUGCACCCUUCGUAUUCACUACUGAAGGCCAUCCGUUGAUCAUACCUAAGCGUGUACGCCCAGCGAGGAAAAUACCAGAAGCCCCACCUCUUUGGCAAAUGGUUGAGACCUGUCCUUUGCCGCCUGCCCACCUACCCUUCAGCAUUUCUGCCACAGCCGCGCGCAAUGAUGUGUACCACGCUGCAAGUCUUGCCAAACUACAUCUGAUGCCGACAGUCGAGACACUUGACUCGCCCCUCGUGGAGUUCAGUGCCGACCAUCCUAGCAUUUCUCUGUCGGAUAUCCGAUCGCCUUCCAACUACACAUACUAUCCAUGGACACUGCCUCCUGAGCUCAUACCACACAACGCCACAAGUUCGCCCAUGGCUAUGAGAACGACAUUUGACCUAUCAUUCCCUAACUUGCCAAGUACGUCGCUGGUUGGGGCGCUGCAGAGGGUACAGGAAGGCAUCUUGGUAAAUUCUAUGAGUGGGCUGAGACUUGGUAUGGUGCGGGAGCACGAUACUUUGCCUGAUGUACAUGCAGUAGAACUGGACGAGCAAUUCCGCAUCUACGCAAUCUCCAACAUUGCUCUAGGUCGCGAUGAGAAGGUCUUCAUGGCACGUUCUACAAUCGAUGAUUUCAACCCAUUGGAUCCGUACUUUACGAGAACGCGGGAUACACAUACCCUGGAUUUGGUAAUGGACAUAGAACCUCAGCGAGCUUCCGCAACUUCCACUGCGUUGUCCGACCUUCUCAGCGACGCCCUAGGCGACCUGAGCAACUUGUCAGGUCUGGAUCUCAAGGAUGCCGUGGAUAUUGAGGUAGACCCGGAGGCUCUAGAAACAGAGCCCUCCUACCUUGCCAACUUCUUCUCGUCACUCCAGGCGCUCCUCUCCGCCCCAGUGCCCACAUCAACAUCGACGGCCUCGCAAACGCAAAACCGAAAAAAAGCGAUCUCAAAGCGCCAGUCUCUUCCCGCUACGCUUCCAACAGGGCCCGGCGCAGCGCCAAUGCCUGAUAUCAAAGAUGCACAGUCGGCAUACAAUGUCGAGAAUCCACUAAUUUGGACCAACAUCUACGUUCACCCAACGACACUCUGCUCUGAGCGUCUUCCUAUGGAGAUAGUAAAACACUACCAGGUUGUCGCUAUUCCCCGCGGCGAUUGUUCGUUUUCGACCAAACUGCAAAAUAUUCCCGCAUAUCCACCUGAUGCAGCAUCUCUCCAACUUGUCAUCAUUAUCAGUUUUCCCGAGCAGGAAGACGACAGUCACGCAGAUGCAACACAGCCACUCAUUCAACCAUUACUUGAUCAAGUGCAAUACACACCAUCAGGGAUUUUGAGGCCGAAUCCUAUACCCCUCGUUAUGGUUGGGGGAGGACAAGAGACGAUGGAAAAGUUGAAGAGGACGAGCGGGCUUGGGUUGAGUAGGCGGUAUUAUUUCCGCACCCAGGGUGUCAAGAUAGGAAAUCUGAUUGUGGUGUAA